AGGUCCCAUUCUACUUCAAGCGCCUUCCUACUUCAAGAAUCGUCACGCUUUUGCUGUGUUUUGUUAUUAUCUGGGGGGCCCUGGGCCCAAUCUACUAUGUCCGCCUUCCUACUUCAUGUUUCUACCUACUUCUUCCGACCGACGUGUAGCUCUGUGCGCACGCCCAGGACGCGCGGACCAUCUUCAACGGCGUCGUUCAGGAGCGGCUCAACCACAUGAUGAAGGACGUCCGCGAGGCGUGGGAGGAGGCCACCUACACUAAGGAGGCCCUGACGCAGGUCUGGAAGGAUCGCGGCAAGGACGUGGGCGACGACCCCUUCGCGGACGGCAGCGGGGAGCUCGGCGUGAAGGACUCCCAGCCCUUGGAGGGCGUGCGCGGCUUCAAGCUCAUGGUGGAGCUGGUGAAGGUCGUGAACUUCUACCUGGGCAACCAGGUGAACGUGCAGACGACGGACGGGGAGGACGAGUACCCGGUGACAGUCGGCAAGAUGAUCGAGACCAAGACGAAGGAGGAGAUCUACGGGAUCUACGCCUGGAACGCGGUCACCUGCCAGGACAUGGAGACCCGCGCCGAGUGGGAGAGCGCCAAGCCCCACGUGGGCGGCAUCCUCGGCAUGCCGCCCAAGGAGCAGAAGAAGGUGCUCGAACGCAUGGUGACGCGCUGGGCCAACAUGUUCAUCAAGCAGAAGAUGCAGGAGAACGGCGGCGAGCUCAAGGACGACGACGUCGGCACCCUCACCAACUGGGUGCCGCAGUUCUUCGGCAUCGACAAGGACGUCACGCAGAACAUCGUUCAGACCACGAACAAGACCAUGCUUCAGAGCAAGGUCCUGCGCCUGCUGAACGCCCCAGCCGUCACCUCUGCCGAGUUGGAGGCGCUCAGAAGUUCCUGCGAGAAGUGGGACCUUGAGCCGAAGAAGGACCUGGAGCUCACCCGGCCGCAGCUGCGGUCGCUCUUCCGCGUCGAGGUCGCGGCGGGACUCGAGGAUCCGGACGAGACCUUCGACGGAAAGAGGGACCUCAUCGACUCCGCCCGCGACAGCUGGGGCCUGGGCGACCAGGAGGCCGAGGACGAGUUGCAGGCCCUCCUCCGCGAGCGUUGCAAGGCGUGCCUCGUGAACGCCGUCGGGGACUCGCUGCAGGGCAACGAGGCAGGGGCCGUCCGGCAGAUGCAGCGCCUCGACCUGCUGGCCGCCUUCGCGGCGGACACCGAGAAGAUCGACCUCUCGCAGGACUGGGAGGUGUCCAGGGACAUGAAGGAGAAGCUCCUGAAGACGUACGCGUCGAGCCCACUGGGCUCCCAGAGCAAGAGGACCCCUGACGUCAAGCUCCUCGAGCAAGUUUUGAACAUGGCCUAGUGUCUAGUGCCACCAGACGGCGCGCGUUUGCGCAUGCAUGCUGAUGUACCGGCGGACUCUUAGCCAUACGGGGUGAGGUUUGAACACGCGAUGUCUGGGAGUUCCUGGAACCGCCGGCGUGGGGCCUUCUCUCCCCACUGCACGCGCACUCGUCUUCGAGAGUCGCCGGGUACCUGGGCGGGCGGGUCCCCCCAGAAUGCCCACGCGAAGUGUUUUUUUCUUAGAGUGACCCUUCGCUGGAGUGACCCCUGGUGCGGGCCCACAGUGGCUUCGCCAGCACUGGCUGGCGCGCUUGGAUCGGUUCGGCGUGCACGCGGCUGCCUGGGGCCACUGCUGCGUGUGAGAGAAAUUCCCCACGGCUGUCCGCCCCCCUCUGCCGCAGCCGGCGAGGCGGGGGGGGGGGGCCGGAGAGCCAGGGCGGAGAGCUGGGCCUCCUGGCGCCGUGCAGGAAGCCGCGGCGGACGGCUGCUGCCUGUCCUUGGGGCCUCGGUUCCUUUGCCCAGCGGCCGGCGCGGGCUGAAACGCCCGCCGGGGUGCAGUCGAACCGCAGUGAUUUUUGAACGUUCCCCCUCGCCCUUUGCGCGCGGCGCAGAGGUCGUGCAUCAUGCCCUCUGCCGCCCGCCCUGGGCGGGCAGAGCGCCCGUCGGCCGCGGCGCCGCGAA